UGAUAUUCCAUCACUCGAUGUUCAGCGAAAUUUCGAUCCACAGAUCUAGCCUAACGUAGAUGAAAACCACGACAUCAUAAUGGUAACAAAAUGGAGCCGCGUUUUGCAUCACACCCGCAAGGGUAAUUAUAGACCGGGAAUGGCAGUCAACUGAGAUCUCCAAAUUGUCUCGUGGGUACUCCCCGGAUAUAUAUUACGGAGCCUCUGUGGCAAUGCGUAAUCUCCAGGCUUACCCGCCGUAGAAAAUACUUCCGGUCACAUUCAUUCCGCCUUCAUCACAUUCACGCACUCGACAAACCUCACAGUCCAGUUACCUACGACAUCUUUGUUCUUCGAAGAACUUGCAACCCAGGUCUACUGCGCAAACGGCGACUCUCCAUUAAAUGUUUACUGCUAACGUUAUUGAAAUGUCCACGACAGGCCCACGACGUCCUACCCUCAGCGAGAUCCUCUUGGGUGUCUCUUCGCCGCCAUGGACUCUACGCGCCUUCAUGGCUCAUCUCUCCCAACACCACUGCAGGGAGACUCUCGAGUUCACCCUAGACGCCGAAAACUAUACUUCCUUCUAUAACCAGCUAGUUGCCGAGAGCCCUAUGUCGCGUGAUAGAACUGAUCGUGUAAACUCGUCAUGGCAAAAGCUGAUACGGAUCUAUAUCGCUCCUUGUGGACCGCGACAAGUCAAUAUCUCUAGUCGAGAGCGAGAUCACCUCUUGAAUCUCCCGUGUGGACCUCAACCCCUUCACCCUUCCGAACUUGAUGAGUCCCGCCGAAUUAUCUACGACCUCAUGAACGACUCCCUCCUCGUCCCCUUCCUCGACUCGGUUAGUCCCAUACAGCACGAAAGUCCGCUUGAGGAGCAGAUACGCUCCCCCGACAUUCGUCCCCAACUAAGCGUCGGUUGGGAUGCCGCACGAUCGGUUUCCUUGAGACAUACCAUGGAGUUCGAGGGCUGGGCGGAUGACGGCAACAGGAAUUCACUCCUCUCCGAGUCGACCCUCCACAUAUCUUCAGGAGGGUUCCAUCAUGUCGUCGCCGUAUAUAAGAAAUGUUGGAAAAGGGUCAGGCGCCAUGCUACGUUGCACCCACAAAAGUUUAAAUUUUGCACUUCAUACGAUACCAUCUGCUGCUUCAAGUGAGCGGCCUUGAAAACUGCGAAAACGCGAAGAGGCGAAGAUAUGAGAGGGGCAAGAGGAUCGGUUACAAUAGGACCAUGCCUUUAUUAAGGGUCCUAGUUUCGAUGUUAGCUUUGGCGCGUGUUAUUAUAUUGCGAAGAAAAGCUAUAGAAAUAAUUAAAUUUAAAUUUCAAGGUCGAAAACAUAAGCGCAGGAACUCGACAGCAUAAUCGUUAAGAUACUAUAGAGGUGCUCAUCGUGAUUACCCAGGGUCUCUAGACAUCUAGAUCAGCAAUCACAAGCCUGAUCAGUUUUAUAUAUGGCACCAGCGAUGACUGGACUUCGUUUAAGAGACCGUACCGUAGGUUCUUAUGAUAUGGGCCUUGAGAUGCAUGCGACUCCUGCUGAAGUAUGCGCAAACCUAGUGGUCGUCUCCAGCCCCACCCACAAAGUGAUUAGGGUAGCGUCGGUCGACGAAGUCAAG